AACAACUGCGUGCGAAACCAAGUAGUAGUGCAGUGAUUUCACUAAUUUAUAUUUAUUUGAAUUAAAACUUUGGUCCAAAGACUAUCUCUAUUGAUACUUUAUAGAAUUAUUAAUCUUUAUUAUUAAAUAAUUACACUAUUUCCAUUGAAAACCAACAAUUUUUAAUUUUCCCCAUUACCCUUAUUAGAAUUACAUUCUCAUUGCAAUUAAUAAUUGAAAAAUAAACAAAAUGUUGGCAAAACGUCAAAAGAUGGACAUUACAAGGAACUUCCAAAGCUAUGCCUGGUGCAAGCCGGACUGGUGCUACCCCAGCAUGAGCAAGGAGACCAACGAGCUGCUGCGGCAGUGCGCGGACCUGCCGCCCGUGCAGCUGUGCGACGACGUCGAGGAACUCAUCAACAAGAGCAAAGCCUUCCCCAUACCGUUCCCCAUUCAGACCGUCAGAUUAGAAAAGCUAAAAGCCCGGCGAUCAAUAGACAAACUGAAGAAAAACAUAGUGUCCACAUACCCGCUCAUACACGAACGAGUGCUACUUCUCAUCACACACUUCCUCAUAUACAAGAGAGAGUACGGCAGCAGUAUAGAGAAGGAGUUGUACAAGGACAUGAGUGUUCCCCAGUUCAUAGACCGACUGCUCAAGAAGCGAGCCGUCAACUUCAUGGGCGCGGCCGACUCCUACCUCCUGCUGUCCGGGGAGAAAGGAUCAUUAAUGGACGGGUUGUCGCCGAAGGAACUUAAAAAUAUACGCUCCAGUCUCUUACGUACGAGUAGUUCGGACGGCUGGGAGAGUGUGGGCACGAUGAACCAGAAGCCGCCUCUACUGCUGGAGAACUGCCUGAGCUACGACGAGAUGAAGGUGUCGGCGAUGGUGUACGUGAGCGGCCACACGGAGUGCAUCAACGCGGGCGAGCGCCGCAACUCCGGCGUCGUCAGGGAGGAUAAUAUCGAGACUGAAGCCGUUAUUAUAGGUGCGAUAGGUCCUCGCUUCCAGCGCGAGUUCCGCAUGGACUGCGAGGACGUGCUGGUGUCUGCGGAGCAGAACGUGCCGGAGCAGGGCUACGGGGAGGAGGUCACGCCCACCACCUGCCUCAACGUGCUCAAGAACACCUACGUCCGGAACAACGCCUCCGGCAGACACAUGUGGAGGCAGAUGUGGGCAGAGUUCUACCAGGUCCACAGCUACACGUACGAGGAACUAACAGGCUACAUCAGCGUGAGCAACACGAAGGACGCGCAGAAGAAGUACACGGACCGCUACGUGCAGCUGUCGCGGCCGCACCACGUCUUCGACAACGAGGUCUACUACAAGCGCCUCGCCGUCAUCGCAGACACCGUCUUCAUUGAGGCCGACCACCGCGCCCAGCUCGAGAACAAAAUGGCUUAUGUUAAUGUUAUUGGUUGCGGUCUGGGCGUGUGGAAGAUCUCGAAGCACCAGGUGGACGUGUACGUGCUGUCGGUGCUGGCGCGGCUGCGGCACCUGCUGCGGGGCCCCGGCCUCACACACGUCGCCGACGUCAACUUCGCGUACAUCACGCCCAGCGACACCAUACUCGCGAUGUUCUCAAACGCCACGGGCUCGAGUAAGACAGCCGAGUACAAAACAUUCUUCGAGAACAAGAAACAUCCAAAUGGCGGCAUCAACGUGACGAUAAAGUCCCGCGAGCCGUCGUCCAAGUUGGUCGGCGCGGACGCGGGCAAACUGCUCGUGUUGACGUACCCGUGGGACGGGAACGCGCAUCCCGGGAACGAAUUCUGGUUAGGCAGUCUGACGGGGUCGGGCGACCCCGCGGCGGCGUGCUCCACGCAGGUGGCGGAGCUACACAACGCGCACAUCAACCCCGCCGUCACCGGGGACAACACCAGGGUCGCCGCCCCCACCGGGAUCAGGACCCUGGCCGAUCACUGCCAACAACUCGCUGUAUAGACCACUAUAAUGUAAUCAACCAACUCAUUUAGUACACAGACAACAAAAUAAAGAAUUAAUUAUUAUGUUAUCGGCUUACUCACGUAUUGUUUUGACGAGUAACUCGACUAGUUUCAAGCCAUGCUAGAGGCUCAUAUUCAUGAGCAGCGUUCCGCGACACACGACGCGGCGAUUGUCGCGCUGCUACUGGCAUCGGUCUCACGAAAGUUACAAUAAAAAAAAUAAAGAAUUAUUCAGUAUGGAGUGACCAUUGAUUGGUUACAAUAGAUUUUUUUUUUUUUUUUUGAGGGGGAAAAUCAUCCAAUGACUUUUCCCGCCUUGGGCGAGGCGAGAAGGAGUGUCAGACUCUUACUGACUAAAAACCACCCCGUUCCUUCUCCUGCUUUUCGAGCCGGAGCUCCGGUAAACCCGCUAGGUAGUCCGCAGCUCCGGAUCAGGCAUCAGCCCUGCUGGGCCCCAUCUGGUUACAAUAGAUGUGGCUUCAUUAAUUAAUACUGUUUAGUCCUUUAUAAGGCAUAAAUAACUGACCAGGUUAAAGUAAAACUUGUUGUGGUUUAUUAAAAUAUGCUUUUUGUAAUAUUCACUGAACUUUUCGUUGAAGUAAACAUGGUGGUAAAAAUAUUCCCUUUGCCUUAUAAAGGGUUAGUUAGUCUAACAAUAUUUUGUUCAUAUCUGUGCUGAAUAAGUCUUUAUUUUCUUACCUGCAUACUAAAUGCUUUGGCUGACUGUAACAAUGGCGAUGUUUCCAAUGUUUGUAAACAGGAACUAUUUAUUAAAAUUAUGGUAAAACCCGAAUAGAAGGCUAAAGAAACGUCCUUAUUUCUAUACAACAGGCAGUGUAUAGUAUAGUAUUUGAUAUACUAUGGUAACGAACAAGCAUGUUUCUUAUACUAUUUUAAGAAUAAUUUUGUUAUUAAGUACAUCAUGGCCUUAGGCCUCUGAAGCCGCAGCAGUGACUGCAGACUAUAAGCAAACACCAGGGGCCUUAGUCUGCUAUCUAUAUAUUAAUACGUGAUGCAAAAACUUUGGACCGCUUUUUACGAUAAUUGCGCGGACGUAGGGAGCAUAAAAUUUGGUACACUUAUAGUUUAUGUGUAGGAGAAGUGCGGGACGCUAAUAUUUUUCAAAAAUAAUGCUUAUAAAGUACAUUAAAUCAAUAAAUAAAACAUUACACACACAUGCAUAGUAUCUGAUCGUAUUUGACAAAACGUCAAAAUCGAUAGACAUUGCGAUGAUAUUGACGUCUCAUAUGAUAAUAAAAGAGUUUGUUUGAGUUUGAGUUAAAUAAAAAUUAUCCUUGAACGUAUGUUAAGUGGUAUUGUAUAUGGUUGAAUUUCAACCACUAGGCGACCACUAGUUACAAUUAUUGUGUCAGAAUGUUCGACCUUUGUUUGGUACAAGAGGGACGGAGCUAUGUAGGUUGUUAUACAACCUAGGAGCUAUAGGAGGAUAUAUAGGAGGUAUAGCUCCUUCCCUCUUGCACUGCUCAAUGAUCGACCAUUCUGACACAAUUGUAAUAGCAGACUAAGGCCUCUGAUCCCACGGCCGUGCGUUGAUGUACAGCUAAGUAUAGUGUGUAGUUCUUAAUGUGUAUAGUCUGGAAUCAUAAUUAUUAUGUUGACAACUAUUUCAUUUUAUCUUUGUUAUAGUUAUUUCAUUGUUGGUAUAUUAAGCAAUACUUUAUGUUGGUUAUAUGAAUAUUUAAAAUAGAUAUACGACUAAUGUAAGACAAUAUUAGACUGGAAUGUUGUGCCUAGUUGUAUUGGUACCGAGAUGAUUGAAUAUUGUUCUAUAUACGGUACAUCUUACACAGGGAAGCAGUGACACCGUAAUAUUUCCUCAAUGUUCUGGCCAACGGUUAGGUUUGCAAGUAAAUAAAGGAUUGCAACUAUAAUUUAUUUAGUUAAUGAAUAGGUAAGAAGCAAUAACGUACUUGACAGAAGUCAGAAUGAGUUCAUGUGACUAUAAAUGUAUAGUAUGUAGUAGAUACCUCAGUGUAUGCAAUGUACAGGCCUAAGCGCCUCGGCCCAAGUCUUGUCAAUAUGUAUAUACCUCUAGUUUAGAAUUACAUUGGUGUAACAGUUUAUUUAUACAACGCGUAGAAAGUAUUGUUAUUUAGCAACGUUGUUGUGCGUUAAAAAGACUAUUUAUCUUCCUGUAAUGAAAUAAACGAUACCAUAUUUA